ACCCUACGGAAUUGACCAAUUGACCCCUCUCUCUCUCUCUCUCUCUCUCUCCCUACGCAUCGGCAUCAGUAGUCAAAUAUCAUCGAGCUUUCUACGCACAGACGAACCCUAGGAAUCCUCUCUCUCUCUCUCUCUCUCUCUCUCUCUCUCUCUUUCCCCAUUCUCGAACAACCACCAUGGAUCUCAUACAGUCCUACGAAGAACACGACACGGACUCCGACGACUCCCCACUCCGCACUCUCCCUUCCAAAUCCGCCGCUCCGAAAGUCGACGACACCAUGCUCGCCCUCACCACCGCCGCCGGCGCCGCCAACAGAGCCCUAACCAAGCCCCUCGACCCCACCCAGCACGUCGUCAACUUCAACCCCACCUACGACCAGCUCUGGGCCCCCAUCUACGGCCCCUCCCACCCCUUCGCUAAGGACGGCCUCGCCCAGGGCAUGCGCAACCACAAGCUCGGCUUCGUCGAGGACGCCGCCAUCGCCCCCUUCCUCUUCGACGAGCAGUACAACACCUUCCACAAGUUCGGCUACGCGGCUGACCCGUCCGGCUCCGAGGGGUACAAUUACGUCGGCGACUUGGACAGGAUGAAAGAAACCAGCGGGAUCUCGGUGUACAACAUCCCCCAACACGAGCAAAAGAAGCGGAAGAUCGAAAAGAAGAAAGAGACCCUAGAGGAAGAAAACCAAGGCGAUGAAGUGGAUGUCACAGAGGUUGAGAACCCUGCCUCGGACGCGUGGCUGUUGAAAAACAGGAAGAGCCCCUGGGCCGGAAAGAAGGAAGGGCUGCAAGGGGAGCUGACGGAGGAGCAGAAGAAGUACGCGGAGGAGUACGCGAAGAAGAAGGAGGACGAGAAGAGUGGAAAUAAUCGCGAUAAGGGUGAGGUCUUCGCGGAUAAGAGCACAUUCCACGGGAAGGAGGAGAGUGAUUACCAAGGAAGGUCGUGGAUCGCUCAUCCUAAGGAUGCCAAGGCCACGGAUGACCAUAGGUACAUACCGAAGAGGCUGGUGCACACGUGGAGUGGGCACACGAAAGGGGUUUCCGCAAUUAGGUUUUUCCCCAAGCACGGGCAUUUGCUUCUCUCUGCGGGGAUGGAUACCAAGGUGAAGAUUUGGGAUGUGUUCAAUUCGGGCAAGUGUAUGAGGACGUAUAUGGGACAUGGCAAGGCAGUUCGCGAUAUCUGGUUUUGUAAUGAUGGGACUAAGUUUUUGACAGCUGGGUACGAUAAGAACAUCAAAUACUGGGAUACUGAAACGGGUCAAGUGAUAUCGGCGUUCUCAACCGGGAAGAUACCUUAUGUGGUUAGGUUGAACCCGGAUGAGGAUAAGCAGAACAUCCUCUUGGCAGGCAUGAGUGACAAGAAGAUUGUUCAGUGGGAUAUGAAUACCGGUCAGAUUACCCAAGAAUAUGAUCAGCAUUUAGGAGCAGUUAAUACGAUCACCUUCGUGGACGACAACAGAAGAUUUGUUACUAGUAGUGAUGACAAGUCUCUCCGGGUAUGGGAAUUUGGGAUACCUGUUGUUAUAAAGUAUAUUAGUGAGCCUCAUAUGCAUUCUAUGCCAUCAAUAUCCCUGCACCCGAACACAAACUGGCUUGCAGCGCAGAGUUUGGACAAUCAGAUUCUUAUCUACAGCACUAGGGAGAGAUUUCAGCUUAAUAAGAAGAAAAGGUUUGCGGGGCACAUAGUGGCUGGGUAUGCUUGUCAAGUGAAUUUUUCACCGGAUGGAAGGUUUGUCAUGUCGGGAGAUGGUGAGGGUAAGUGCUGGUUUUGGGACUGGAAGAGUUGCAAAGUCUUUAGAACUCUCAAGUGUCAUGAAGGGGUAUGCAUUGGUUGUGAGUGGCAUCCGCUGGAACAAAGUAAAGUGGCAACUUGUGGGUGGGACGGCUUGAUUAAGUAUUGGGACUAGUCUUCCCAAAAUCCAAGGCACACAUUUUAGUGGCUAUCGUCUUCUCGAACUGGCGUGGGCAGAUUGUAUACUGAAACUGCUGUUGCGAGAUGGGGUUUUCUUUAUAAAUUUAGAUGCCUCCUGUCCAGAGUGAUCAAGUAUCGAGAACGAUAGCUGUAUGGACUUAAUUCACUCUCCCAAGCCCAUUAUACAUGCGGCCAAGUUGGAUAGUUGAAAAAUUGGUAUCAAUUUGUAUUAGUAUAAAUUGCUCGAGUUUUGCUUUUAUUUACCACCUUUGUUACGGGAACUUUUGUUAAACAAAUGCAGCAGAAUAGGAUGCACUACUCAUUUGUUGUUUGACCCAA